GCUAGCCUCGAACCGGACGUCGUGAAUUUUAGUCCUUUCGGAAAGUGGCCGCCGUAGUGUGACGGCUAAAGUUCAUCGUGCCGAGGAAUAAAAGUUAAUCGGUCAAAAUGGUGAACUUCACAGUAGACGAGAUCCGUGGUCUGAUGAAUAAAAAGAAAAACAUCAGAAACAUGUCGGUCAUAGCUCACGUCGACCACGGCAAGUCGACGUUGACCGACUCUCUUGUCUCCAAGGCGGGUAUCAUCGCCGCUGCAAAAGCUGGCGAAAUGCGAUUUACAGACACACGGAAGGACGAGCAGGAACGCUGCAUUACCAUCAAGUCCACGGCUGUGUCCAUGUAUUUCGAGCUUGCGGAGAAGGACUUGACUUUCAUCAAGGAAGACAACCAGCGGGAGAAGACCGAACGCGGUUUCCUCAUCAACCUGAUCGAUUCACCCGGUCACGUGGACUUCUCCUCCGAGGUGACGGCCGCUCUGCGUGUCACAGACGGUGCCCUCGUUGUGGUCGAUUGCGUAAGUGGUGUAUGUGUCCAAACCGAGACCGUGCUGCGGCAAGCCAUUGCCGAGCGCAUCAAGCCCGUACUAUUUAUGAACAAGAUGGACCUUGCCCUUUUGACCCUCCAACUGGAACCCGAUGACCUGUACCAGACCUUCCAGAGGACUGUCGAGAACACCAACGUCAUCAUCGCCACCUACAGUGACGAGAAUGGACCCAUGGGCGACAUCAAGGUGGAUCCUUCCAAGGGCAGCGUGGGCUUUGGCUCUGGGCUGCACGGUUGGGCCUUUACCCUGAAGCAAUUCGCCGAGAUUUACUCCGAGAAGUUCAAGAUCGAUGUCGAUAAGUUGAUGCAGCGUCUCUGGGGCGAAAACUUCUACAAUCCGCAGACCAAGAAGUGGGCCAAGAAGCCGGACACUGGCUACCGACGGGCCUUCACCAUGUUCGUUCUCGACCCCAUCUACAAGGUCUUCGACGCUAUCAUGAACUACAAGAAGGAAGAGACCGCUCGCCUCCUAGAAAAACUGGGAGUCAUCUUGAAGGGGGACGACAAGGAGAAGGAUGGCAAGAACCUGCUCAAGGUUGUCAUGCGCACCUGGUUGCCCGCCGGUGACGCCCUGUUCGAAAUGAUCACCAUCCACUUGCCGUCGCCCGUGACUGCUCAGCGUUACCGUAUGGAGAUCCUGUACGAAGGCCCUCAUGACGACGACGCGGCCGUUGCAGUUAAGUCUUGCGACCCCGAAGGACCUCUGAUGAUGUACAUUUCCAAGAUGGUGCCGACCUCCGACAAGGGUCGUUUCUACGCGUUCGGACGUGUCUUCUCCGGAGUCGUGUGCUCUGGACAGAAGGUUCGUAUCAUGGGUCCAAACUACACGCCUGGCAAGAAGGAGGACUUGGCUGAAAAGGCCAUCCAGAGAACCGUGCUCAUGAUGGGCCGUUACGUGGAGCCCAUCGAGGAUGUCCCCUGUGGAAACAUCUGCGGUCUCGUCGGUGUGGACCAGUUCCUGGUGAAGACCGGCACGAUCACAACCUUCAAGGACGCCCACAACAUGCGUGUCAUGAAGUUCUCUGUCAGUCCGGUCGUGCGUGUGGCUGUGGAGCCUAUGAACCCGUCCGACCUGCCCAAGCUGGUGGAAGGUCUGAAGCGUCUGGCCAAGUCCGACCCUAUGGUGCAGUGUAUCAUCGAAGAGUCUGGAGAGCACAUUGUGGCCGGAGCUGGAGAGUUGCACUUGGAAAUUUGUCUGAAGGACUUGGAAGAAGACCAUGCGGGAGUACCCCUGAAGAAGACCGACCCCGUCGUGUCGUACAGGGAGUCUGUCAGCGAGGAGUCCACGGUGAUGUGCCUCUCCAAGUCUCCGAACAAGCACAACCGUCUGUUCAUGAAGGCUGCUCCUCUGCCCGACGGCCUGGCAGAAGACAUCGACAAGGGUGAAGUGAACCCACGGGAUGAUUUCAAGGCCCGUGCCCGUUACCUGGCCGAGAAGUACGAGUGGGAUGCCACCGAGGCCCGUAAGAUCUGGGCUUUCGGACCCGAAGGCACGGGACCCAACCUUUUGGUUGAUGUGACGAAGGGAGUGCAGUACCUCAACGAAAUUAAGGACUCUGUUGUGGCUGGAUUCCAGUGGGCGACCAAGGAGUCGGUCCUUUGUGAAGAGAACAUGCGUGGCGUCAGGUUCAACAUCCACGACGUCACCCUACACGCGGAUGCCAUCCACCGCGGUGGCGGACAGAUCAUUCCCACAGCUCGCCGUUGUCUGUAUGCCUGCAUGCUGACAGCGGAACCCCGUCUCAUGGAGCCAGUCUACCUGGUGGAGAUUCAGUGUCCCGAGAAUGCAGUGGGAGGUAUUUAUGGAGUGCUGAACAGACGCCGUGGCCACGUCUUCGAGGAGUCCCAGGUUACCGGCACACCCAUGUUUGUGGUGAAGGCAUACUUGCCCGUCAACGAAUCUUUUGGUUUCACAGCUGACCUGCGUUCCAACACUGGAGGCCAGGCCUUCCCGCAGUGUGUGUUUGACCACUGGCAGAUCUUGCCCGGUGACCCCCUGGAUGGCAAGUCACGCCCCUACAAUGUUGUCAUGGAUACCCGCAAGCGAAAGGGUCUCAAGGACAGUCUGCCUGACCUGGAUCAGUACAUGGACAAGCUAUGAGAGAGUCCAGUUACAACUGUCCCCCUUUUCUGUACAGAGCAAUUUUGAAGCUGUUGGGAGACAAUGACGUAAUAAAAGAGCAAACAAAACUGAAACCAUGCUAUAAAA